CAUUCUGCUCAUUCUCCUGCUCUUCUGAUGGCUGUCUCUUUUUUCCCUCUCCUGCGUCUUCCACAAAACAACCUUAAAGAUGUUCUACUCAACAUGGGAUUUAUAGAACAGACUUGUAUUUCAAUGGUCUCCAAAAGAACAAAGGAGUCCAUCAGAAAUUUGAAUAUUUUCAAAGGUCUAGAACUUUGUAUACACAUUUCUGAAUCAGUUAGCUAUCGCGUCUCAAAAAACCGAACUGUAAUUUUCAUUAUUAGCAUCGGGUACAAAGGAGUUACUGUCAGUAAAGGACCCACCUAUCAGGAAAGAUUCACUUUUACAACACAAAAGUUUAAUGCAAAAAGCUGUUUAAACCAUUUUUUAUAUGUCAUCAACCCGACGAAGAUUGAUGAUCUACAUUUUAGUAUCAUUACAGGGACUUUUGAUGAUCCAAAAAUACAAAUGGCUGUAGAAUGUUUGAAAGGGCUCAGGGUUGUUAAUCUUAAUACUCCUAUCCUUUCAAACACAAAAACCCUUGCCGAGCUUGUCAAAACUUUUGAGCCGACGGAGCAUCUCAAGAUACAUCGAUACCCUUUUCAAACAUUAGGCUUCGCUCAACUUUUCCAAUUACGAGAAAUUUUACCGGGGAAGUUUCCUAUACUUUCCUUGAAUAUCAACAUGCCGUUAAACGGCCUACUAUUAACAAGCUCUUCAUCCGUUGGCGUUAAUAAUAAUCGACUUUUAACAAGUAAAGAUUUUAAUAUAUUCUUAAAACAUUGGAUCGCCGGAUUGAAACCAGAGCUUGAAUGUAUUAGAAUUCUAGACUACCGACUUGAUUGGAAUGAGCACACUGUUCUUAAAGGAAUACCAUACGAAGUUGCACCGAUGGAAACGAAAAUAAAAUUUCGUCGCAAGGAAGAGCUUCAAUUGGGAGGAUUCGAUUUUACGAUGAGCAGUGGCGUCAAAGCAACACUACAUUUCCACUACUGGGAUCGAGUGCCAAUAACAGAAAUUUCUGUUGUUCUUCAUGAUUCAGAAAUCAUUACUUUUUUAUAAUUCAAUUGUUUUAAAUGUGUGCCUGUUUUUUUUCUUAAAUAAAUUCUGCGGAUGAAA